GGCAUUUUAUUUUGCUGCCAAUUUGUUGCUUGACAUGCUAAAACAACUAGAAGAGGGCAGUCACAUGCUGAUUCUACAAGCCAUGGAGCAGAAGACAACACAAGAGCAGACCAAAAGUCAACUCUUAGAAAAACAAAUAAAGAAAACGAAAGCAAAAGAGACAGAUGAGACUAAAUUUGACCAUAAGGAUACACUACAAGAGGAUCUACCACAUGCCGAAUCAUCAACGAGAGCAAAAUCUACAUUUGCUGAGUCACCAAGUCCACUUCGUAACGUCAAGUCAAGAUCUCAAGAAACACACGAAACACUAGGUCGAGAGGGCAGUCACAGUCAAACAACCCAGUUUACAAGUACACUAGAAGACAGUACGACAUUGGCUCGAUCGGCUACUCUACCAUUCACCAUCCACUCUAGCACAACGGAUGUUGCUGAAGACUCUCUUUCUCCACAUCGAGCUCUUAAUCCAGAUGGAGAUAAAGACUCCGAGACAACUACCAACUUGGAAGAGAGCUUUGAUGUCGGUUCUGCUUCAAAUACAAUUCAUACAAAGCUUUUGUCACGGCCGGUGUUGGUGGACAAGGAUGGAUGGUAUGGUGGACCACACGAUGAAGCUGGUGGGGCUGGUUUAAUGUUUGAGGCUCGGCUGGAUGAACGUGGGGUUGUAGACUUGCGGUGGGUAAAGAGGAUCGUCAUGCAGACUCUCCAGUUGUUGUUUUAUGAAGGACAGUGGGAGAAAUUGGCUGAAAUCGCACUUCAUUUUAACUCACUGACAAAUGAUCGCUAUUCAGAGCAAGUAACUCCUCUCUUAGUCAUCGCUCAACAACAACUAGCAACUCGAUCAUCAGCAGCUUCCAAAUUGCUGCCAUCGAGUCUUGAGAUUACCCCUGGUGGUCACAUUGAUCCUACUGGUCAUUCCUUAUAUGACAGAGUGUUUGCUCUGGCUCAUGUGUCUGUACCUCUUAACGUUCAUAGCAGCCUUCAGGCAAUGCAACAUGCAAUAUCAAACACAAGUGACGUUUCAAGAUCGUUACAGUAUUGUCGCUGUCUGCUGGUGCGUUAUCUAGGUGGACACAGCAAUGGGCUUACUCGUUUACAUCUUGAAAGUUCUCCUAUUUGUGAAAGUGAAAGAAGCAGUCGUCUGUUUGUUGAGACUGAGCAUAACGUUGAAGCAGCAGCCAUUAACCCGCGCGUUCUUACUUUGACAAGAGCAGCUCAAAUGGAAGAUGUAGAGAACUUACCUUUGGACAGCUCACAAGUUGGUUCUAUUAUUUUGGCAUAUGACAAGACAAUAGAGUCACUUCUUGUGAAGAGGUCUGAUCUUGCUGCUCAAGCUAUGAAUGAGCUUGGAAACUUGCAUUUUCAUCUUAAAAAUAUCAGAGGAGCAUACAAAUGUUGGGCAGAUGGAGUAGACACAAUUCUUGGCUUAGAAGAUGGAGUGAAUGAGUGGAGAUAUCUAGAAUCAUCAAAGCUGAGUGCAAAGAAGAUAAAGAAGCCAGAAUCAACAGCAUCCACAACAAGUCAUCAAGAAGAUUGUGAUCUGAGCAGAAUAAUGUUGAAUCGAUGUGGCGUUUGGGGCUGCCUUCAAGCAGCUAUCAUGGCAUCUAAAAUAUCACAAUUUAUUGUCAACUCGGAUCUGUCACAACGGUUGGAGUACUGUCUCUUGUCAUCAUGUCUUGUCAAGAGCAUUUUUCGUGCAUCACUACCUCAUCCACAAGCCGACUGUGAAUAUGUCAGAUAUGACAUUGGACCAGAUGGAGUCGCAUCUGAGCUUGUUCCAGGUAUAGAUCUCUUCUCCGAUUAUUUCCGAUGCAAUGUUCAGUCUCUGGUGGCUGCUUUGGAGUGGAAUAUCGAGGAACUGCUGAGAACAAGAUACUUUUUGAACGUGUUGCCUCUCAUAUCGUUCCAUCACUAUGUUGCCUGCAUUGUCUGUCGUGAUGUUUGUCAAACCGUUCAGAGUAGAUUAUGGAGGCUGGAGGCAUUGACUGGACUUUGUUGUUUCUCUGAAGCGAUUCAUGUUCUUAGUGAGCUUGUGUGUGGCUACAGGCUUCCUCAGGCUGGCAGCUCGUCAUUUCUACCUGCUGAGUCUCGUAUGACGUCAGUGAAAUUUUCGAAUGGGUUGCCAUUGACUGAUCAGUCUAACUACAAGGUAAUGACACAGCUGUUCAAGAAAUCACUUUCUACAUCUCUUUCUUCACUUUACGGGAAACGUCUAACCUCCCUUCUCAAUAUCGGUCAAGCUCGUCUGCAAAUCACAAUCGCUUCGACAGUCAACAACUCGCCAGCAACAUUGAAUCCAUCGCUCUACUCAUCUGCUGCCACGUCUUUUGGUCCUGCAAAGAGACUUUUAUCCAAGCCAGUAUUGGGACGUGGAAGGCACAUGUCUACUAAAGUUGCCAGUUUGGAACCUGUAGGGCAAGGUCAGGCUGCGGCUUUAGAUCAUGCUUCUGAUGUGAUUGAAAAUUCUGCAACCGAGAGUCCGCGUCUGCUUAAAAAAGUCAGUUUGUCUCAUAGUUCAUUGAAUAGUUGGUUAGAGACACCUCAGUUGGCGGAUGACAAGUCAGUGAGAAGUGGAUCACAGUCGAGCAUGGCAUCUCGAGCAUCAGCUCAGAAAGCUGUUAUGAUUGUCCCAACUAUGAGAGAGAUCAAGGGAGGUUUACUUGAAGAAGCUGAAAAGAUCAUAAACAUUGUCAUGCAGUCUAUAAUCAAAAAAUUUAUUGGACAAGAUUUAUGUGACGUACUCGAAGAAAUUCCUUCAUCUGACAUUGAAUUGUUAUGUCAUUGCUUGCUGAUGCUGUCUGACAUAGCCAAUCAAUACGACCAUCAGGCUCCAAGCAGUGAUUAUGUCCUACAAGCCAUGCAACUCCUCUCUGAUUACCUGAGCUUACCAGACGAUAGAAAUGAAGGACUUGAUAAUGUGAAGUCUACGCAGAGGUUGGAUGCUCGUUUGUGGCUGCGCUGCAGGCUUGCUCUUGUUCACAGUCUUGAUGUUGACACUUCGUUGGCGUCCCAAUCAUCUGGAUUGAAUGAUUUUGUUGCACAGUGUAAACAGGGAAAGAGAGAAGCCAAGAGUCUGGGUGAUAUGGAGAUGUGGCUGGAGUUUGCUUUCAAUUUGACUGUUUCUGAUUGGAUUAAAUUUGAUAAGACGAGUAAAGCUGUGGAAGGCUUUAUGGAGAUACUUGAUCGAUCCUCAAGGUUGCGCAAACUUUCACCAUCAUGUCAACAGCUUGUCUCCACAAGCAGACUCUUUCUUGAAGACCUCAAAAUGAAAGGCCCUGAAACCGUCAUCGAUUUUGCCGCGUCUCUCACUUCUUACAGAAAAGCAGAAGAAGAAGUUUUCAAUCUGAUCAUGACACACGGCGAGAGUAUCGUAUGGGACAACCUGAAUACAACACUUGCAUCUUUACACAAUAUCUAUCUUCCCUUUCUGACUCUCUUGUCGUGCAUCAAACUGCGUAUUGGCAUGUGCCUGGCUCAUCAAGUUGUCUCCAGCCCUGAUGAUCUCAAGAUAUUUGAUGGUACUCGCUUCUCACAAGACACACCAUACUUGAAGACUCCUCGUCUUGCUGUUGUCCAUCAACCUUCUGCUGUCAGUAGUGUUAUGAGCACAUUUGCAGCUGGUCAGCAGCAUUUAAUGAUUGGUGGAACGUUAGAUGGGAAGUCAAGAUCAUCACCGUGGCUUAUUCCAGCUUUAGUCUGUGGAGCUGGACUGGAUAUAGCGCGCGUGACAGCUAGACAGGAACAUCAGCUGGAAGCAGCGCUUGCAUUUCUCUUUGGCAUCAUAGAACGUCAACUAGCCAAGAACGACCAUCUUGCCCAUAGAGAAGCGGCAUCUGUCAUACUAAGCGCCAUAAGUAACACAUCAGAAGCUGACUACAAUCUCAGCUUAACUCAUAAAGCUUAUCUGGAAAUUGCUCUCACUUACAUUGAGAGUAUCAAUCGACCAUUACCAGAGAGUCUGGUGAACAAAUUCGAGACUACAAAGGGUAAAGAAUCAAAAACAGAACGCGUUCGGAAAGAGAGGCUGAAGGAGUUUGAGAGAGAAAGACAGAAAGAAGUGGUAGCUGCUUGGACGGCUGUGCGCUCGGCAGCACAAACAGCAAAAGCAGCCUCUCGAUUAUCUUCUCUCCUUGGUGAAGGGCAGUCGGAUGAUGUGCUGAGGAGGUUAGAAGGGAAAGAACAGAGUAACAUGCCAACAUUCUCAAAGCUAAUGCUGGCAAAUCAGAGCGAGCUGCGCUUUGUGAACAUCACGAAACUGUUAGGAAACGUCGAACACACAGCCUGUCAUCACCACUCGAUCACCAAACUCCUCAACGACAUCGAGUGUCCACAAGUCACUUGGAUCUUUCUACUCCGCUAUGUUACCCACCUUCGUUCCAGCAUGUCACGCUCAGCGCAAGAUGUUUUACCAGAAGCGAGUGCAUCACCCGGCAUCAACCAUCGCACUCUCACCCGACUAGCACAGAUGCACGACUUCUUGAAGGAAAGCUGUGCUCCAUACGCAACCAAAUGCGUCGCUCCGAUGCCGACAAGUGCACUAAAUCUUCCCUACUCUCCACUCGAGAGACUCUACCAACAAGGAGACGGAAUGAUCAUCGUGGAACCGACGACAACGCAGGUUUAUGAUCCCUCCGAACACAACGGCCGUCGCACCGUCUCGGAAACGGCUCAGUCUGCGACUGUAGAGAAUGCGGCCACUACAGCGGGUGACAACGAGGUCUGCAUUCAGUGGUAUCGCACUCCGUUUGGCAAGUUGGAGAGCAUACUGUGUGUCUAUGCUCUCAACUGUAAAGCGACGAGAGUGUUUUCGUCGCCUAGUAAAUCUCCUAUGCAGGUAGGUCGGAAGGAGGUGAGUGCGACCGCAUUCGGGACGGUCUCUAAGCAAUUGGCUGAGUUGGAGGCUCAAGCUGCUGCAAUGCAGUCAGUGCCGGCUGUGGGUCAGAAGGGAAGAAGAGGCACGGAUGGGGGACCUAUUGUAGUGACGGCGGAAGUGAAGGAGAAAUUUGAUCAAAUCCGACGUGAUAUUUUGUUGCUGUUUGGAGGAAGGGACGUUCAGAUGUCACUAGACUGCACUAUCAUCAAUAUAUCACACUUGGCUCGUCUCUUCAGACCGACAGUAGGAGCUAUAGUCAGAAAUUCAAGCGAUGUGUAUGGCUUCUUCAAGAUGCUCUUUUCAGACGAAGAAUAUUCAAGAAAGUGAAAACGUUACCAAUAUUGUCGCCUGUUUGUAUAUCAAGAUUACGCAACAAACUAUGUAUGUAAUGUAAUAAAUU